CCUGCUCACACAAAGCUUGAAUGCAGAGGUUGAAGACGAAAGACUUGCUUUAGAGGAAUAAAUGAUCCAGAAGAGGACUUCUGCUAAACAAAUGUAAAGGUGCUGAUGGACCUCAGUGAGGAAGAGUCAGCCCCUCUGGUGAACAGGGACAGGGGAGGCAGUCUGCGGUCCAGCUCUAGCACUGGUCCUGGUUUACAAGUCCACCUCUACUUCUUCCCAGCAUCAAAGGAUGCGACAACAAUACAUAUAUCCUCUGGCCUCGUCUCUGCGGAGAAUGUCUGCAUCCAGGCAGCCAAAAAAUGUGGAAUCCUACCAGUCUACCAAAGUCUGUUUGCCUUGGCAUCUUCCAAUCUCUCAUUUUGGUACCCUCCAACUCACAUCUUCAACACGGAAGAAAACAUUCAAGUCCAUUUCAGAGUCAGGUUUUUCUUUGGGAACUGGUUUGGGCAAGGACCAAAAACAACCUACCGGUACAGUCUGACAAGGGACAGGAUCAGUCCAGUGCUGGACUACUGUGUCAUCGAUUAUCUCUUUGCCCAGUCACGUAAUGACUUUGUGGCCAGCGAGGCAGGGAUUUCUCCACCACUGAGUGCCCAAGAGGAAUGCCUUGGCCUUGCAGUGCUGGACCUGUGGAGAAUGGCUAAAGAGCGCCACCAGAGUGUAAGAGACCUCUGCAAAACUGUCAGCUAUAAAUCAUGCCUUCCCAAGAUACAUCGUCAUGACAUCCAAAAUCGCAACCGCCUUGAUCGUUACCUGAUCAGAAACUCCCUCAAGGAUUUCUUAAAGAGGCUUGGAUGCUGCUCAGUGGACGAGCACAGCCUGAAACUCAAAUACCUGAUCGAACUUGCCAGCGUUGAGCCUUCUCUGGGAUGUGAGGUUUUCCAUGUGAAUCAUUUUGCCUCCCCGUCAGCCAAAGAGCCAGCUUUCACCGUUGUUCGUGUCUCUGGGGAGGCUGGAAUUCAGACCAGUGGAAACUGUCAGUCUGACAGUGUCCUGGAGUGGCAGACAUUCUGUGAUUUUCAAGAAAUCGUUGACAUCAGUAUAAAGAGGGCAUGCCAUGAGCAGGUUCCUCCUGACAGCAGGAUGGUGACACUGACCCGCAAAGAUGACAGAUGCCUGGAAGUCAAGUUCCAGAGUCUCAAAGAAGCGCUCUCAUUUGUGUCACUUGUUGAUGGUUACUUCAGACUGACCACAGACUCCAGCCACUAUUUCUGUCAGGACAUUGUGCCACCAAGUCUCCUGGAGGGGAUCCAAAACCACUGUCAUGGCCCUAUCACGUCAGAGUUUGCAGUUAACAAGCUGAAGAAGUCAGAAUUUAAAGGUGGCACGUUCCUGCUUCGGCAAAGUCCUAGCAACUAUGACAACUUCUUUCUCACUGUUUGUGUUCAGACCCCACUUGGACUUGAUUAUAAAGACUGUCUCAUUAUUAAGAAUGAGCACUACAGUCUCCCUGGUGUCCAGAAGUUAUUUCCCAGCUUGAGAGCGCUCACCAGAUUUUACCAACACACCAUGCUGCUCCUCGCUGAGGUGCCUGUCAAGUUGGGCUGUUGCUGUCCACCACGACCCAAAGAGCUCACAAAUCUGAUCAUCAUACGGAACAGCAGCUCUGUACAAACCCAUGGGUCGCCACUGCCUGAAAAGAACAAAUUCAGUCAUAUCCAGUUCCACAUGAUCAAAUAUGAGGACCUUAAAUGGGAGGAAAAUCUCGGACAGGGAUCCUUCACUCGGAUCUUCAAAGGAAGCAAAACGGAUAUCUAUGAUGGGGAGAUACGCUCGACUGAAGUCCUGUUGAAAGAGCUCGAUGUCAAUCACAAGAACUGCUGGGAAUCAUUCUUUGAAGCUGCCAGUUUGAUGAGUCAGAUUUCACACAAACACCUCCUCCAUGUCUAUGGUGUUAGUGUUCACGGAGCUAAAAACAUCAUGGUGCAGGAGUUUGUCAAGUACGGGGCCCUUGACCUUUACUUGAAGAGGGGGAGAUCCGUGUCAGUGAGCUGGAAACUUGACGUAGCCAAGCAGCUAGCAUCAGCCCUUAACUUUCUGGAAGAGAAGAACAUCGUCCAUGGAAAUAUCUGUGCCAAAAAUCUGCUGCUGGCCAGGGAAGGUGACCUGUCGCAGGGUAGCUCUCCCUUCAUCAAGCUGAGCGACCCAGGCAUCAGCGUGGUGUUGCUGGGCAAGAAUGUGGUCCUGGACAGAAUCCCCUGGGUGGCCCCUGAGUUGCUGGAGGCCCCGGAGAUCCUGACUCUGGAGUGUGACAAGUGGAGCUUUGGUGCCACUGUGUGGGAAAUCUUCAACGAUGGAGACGCUCCACUGCACGGCUGGGACCUGAAUCGGAAGCGGUGGUUUUAUGAGAGCUGCCAGCAGCUGCCUCCCUCCCAGUGGACAGAGCUGGCUGAUCUCAUCAGUCAGUGCAUGGACUACCAGGCAGCCUUCAGACCUUCCUGCCGCAGUAUCAUCCGACAGCUCAACAGUCUCAUCACUUCAGACUAUGUGAUACUGCACGCCACUGAGCCUGUGGCCCAGAGGGACGGCUUCUGGAGCGCACUUAGCCCCGGCCAGCAGGACCAUACAGUGUUUGAGGAGAGGCACCUACGCUACAUCUCUCCACUGGGAAGUGGGAACUUUGGCAGUGUUGAGCUUUGUCGUUACGACCCACUCGGCGAUAACACCGGUGAGCUCAUCGCUGUGAAGAAGCUGCAGCCCAACAAGCAGUCGACUGUGGAGGACUUCCGGAAAGAGAUCCACACCCUCAGUGUUCUGCACUGUGACUACAUUGUCAAAUACAAGGGGGUUUGCUACAGCAUGGGUCGUCUUAGUAUGAGCUUGGUGAUGGAGUACCUGCCCUUCGGCAGCCUCAUCGUCUACCUAGAGAAAAAUCGACCCAUCGUCAACAACAGGCGCAUGCUACUCUUUGCUUCGCAGAUCUGUAAGGGACUGGAGUACCUGCAGAGCAUGCGUUUUGUGCACCGAGACCUUGCAGCCAGGAAUAUCCUCGUGGCCAGUGAGUCACUGGUGAAAAUCGCUGAUUUUGGCCUGACCAAGAUUAUUCCUUUUGACAAGGAAUACUACCGAGUCACACAGCCUGGAGAGAGCCCCAUCUUCUGGUACGCUCCAGAGUCCAUCACCGAGUCCAGGUUCUCCCACAAGUCAGACGUCUGGAGUUUUGGAGUGGUUCUUCACGAGCUCUUCUCCUACUGCGAGAAAAACUGCAACCCAAAAAGACUCUACAUGCAGGAGAUGGGAAAUGACAUGCAGGGUCCAUCCAUCUCACUGCAUCUGGCCAGUAUCCUGAAGGACAACUGGAGGUUACCUGCCCCUCCAAACUGCCCGUACAGGGUGUACAGUCUGAUGAGGCAGUGCUGGACAUACAGCUUUGAGGAGCGGCCGUGUUUCUCCAGCCUGGGAGAUGAAAUUGAAAGCAUCAUUCAAGAGGAGAGAGACAGGACCUGAGAGGCUGAGGGACAAAACCACACCAUACCAUCUGUUGUCCAGAGAUUCGGUUUGCAAAGGCCACAGCUCUUCAAGCACACAGUAGUGAACAACAUAUACAGUCAUUACAGUCCAGUCUGUAUGAAAUGAAAGGCACAAUGCUCUGGGCAGGGGAAAGCAUGUAUAAAUUGUAUUUAUGAGUUCAAGAGAAACCAAAAUAUUUUGUGAUAUUUAGCUUUCCUUUUUAAUUUCCACAAAAUGAUGUUUGACAUAUUGAGCAGUAAUCACUCCAAAGAAUAUUUUUGCUGUGUCUGACAUCUUGCCUGAAUCUACUUUUAUACUGUAUUAAUGUUAUAUUUGUUAUAUUCUAUACUAGUGCUAUACAGUGCAGUGACCUGCCAUUCCUUUCUUUUUAUGUUUCUGGUCUAUAAUCCAUUGUGAUCCCUGGAAUAUUUACUGUAGUAUGAUUGAAUGAGUAUGAUUAAAUGACUAAUGAGUAUGGUUAAAUGAGUAUAUUUAUGAAUGAAUGAAUGAAUAAAAUUAUUUUAUUCAUAAGGCACUCACACAGAGAUUCAGUUUACCAAGUGAUUUACAGAAAAAGCAUAGUUCACGUGAUACCUACACAAACCAGACAUGCCACUGGAGCAGGUCUCAGACCCAGUUCCCAUUAUCAGAUAAUAAUUCAUGUAAAACAGGGGGAAAAAAUGAGACAGCUGGCAGGUGCUGCUGUUCAGUGCAGCUUCACUCAGCAGAGUUUAUUUGCCAAUAUGCAAAUUGUAUCCUCUUUUCCUCUUUCUAUAUUUUGCUCUUUUGUACUGCAAUGUUAUUUCAUCAAUGCAAAAAACCUAAA